UAAAUGUUGAUAUUGAGUAAAUACUUAAAUUAGCAUUCUGUAUUAAGCAAAUAGUAAUGUAGAUUUAUUUUAUGUUUAUAAUGGAAUUUAAUUAUUAGUUAUUAAUUUAUUACUAACUAUACUAUCUAGUUAUACGUUUACAAAACUGUAAUAUAAUAAUAGAAGUUUCAUACUUAAAGAUGGAUGACGUUAUAAACCACCUAGAACAUGUAGUGUCCAAUAUGGAAAAAAGAAUUGAUACACUAAGUUGGAAAAUAAAAAAAUUUGAAAGUGUGUGUUUUGCAGAAGCCGAAAGUUCACAUACGUGUAGGAUAAUGACAUUAAUGAGCAAAGUUCUCCAAACAUGUCAUAAAUAUGAUGAAAUUCUACUGUUAUUAGAAGAACACCGCAAUGACCAGAAUAUAUUCACUGAUACAUUACAAAUGCAAGUAAAUUUUGUAAAAAGCAGAGUAGAAACAUUAAUUGCGUUAGUUACAAAAGGAAAAACCACCGAAAUAUAACUAUAUUUACUUAAUUUAUUCAAAUUUUGAAAUAGCUUUUCAUUAUGAAGUAUUCUUUAAUUAUUAUAUUAUAUA